AUCAAUUAUAACUAAAUUAAUGUUUUACUAAAUCGAUAAGUAAAAGAGUAUGUUAAGUACUCCAUAUAUUAUAUAGACAGUGCUAAAAUGCAAGGAAAAUAAAGGUCUACGGUCUAGACAGUUUUAUCCUAUGGACGGAAUCCAUUUUUAACAUUUUUGCCUCCCAACCAUUACAGAUGAUUAAGGAACACACGAGGAAAUACUAAAUAAUAGGGAAUAAAUACCGGCCAACAUAUUUUAUUUUAAUAGGGAAUAAAUACCGGCCAACAUAUUUUAUUUUAAAUAAGUAAGGGUCAAAACAGAAAAACAAAAACAGGAAGGCUCAAUAACAAAAAUGAUGUUUGCUUGUACCCAUUUUUAUACUCACUUUUGUACCUACCUAUGUUUGUGAAUGUGUUUUGUUCUUGUCUAUGAAUCCCGGUUCACAGACAAUAUUUUGCACAAGCAAAAUAUUUUGCACAAACAAAAUAUUGUCUUUGAAUCAGGUUGAAAGACAAACAAAACACUUCACAAACAUGAUGGGUGAAAGAGUGAGUAGAUUGGCUCAAUAAUGCAAGACAACAUGAUGGGUGAAAGAGUGAGUAGAUUGGCUCAAUAAUGCAAGACGUAAGCAUCAUAUUGGACGGUGGCAUCGCCAGUUUUGAUAUCAAACCAGUAAGUCCUGGCCUGGACGUAGCCGCGAGCCAACCGGAAAAGCCCACUGCCGCCGACGAUAGGCAUCUCCCGGACCUUAAGAAACACCGGGUUCCGGCCGACCACCGUGAGGGUGCUGCCGUUGUACUUGCCUUCAAUGAACGCCAGAUUCAUGACCAUCAAGAGCCCAAGAUCUGUCUGACCCGCCGAAGCAUAAAAUCCCUGCGCUCUUCCCACGCACUUAGAGCUCAGAUUCGGCCCAACGGUUAGCGGAUUGUCGAUUAUGUUUGUCCCUCCGAAGCCCGUCAUCGACGAUGACGAGCUAUUAGCCGCCGGGAUGAUUUCGAUCGACGUCGGCUUCGUCCCGCUAAGGACGUCGUGCCAAUACCAGCGGAAAUGGCUGGCUUUUUCGAUCUUCAGUCCAAGUGAUUCCCGGUCUAUCUGCUUUCCGAAGAUUUGUUCUUCGCCGGUAGCCCGGAAAGUGAGGAGGAAGAAGAUGAAGAAGGGAAGGGAGACGGUAAAAAUGGGAUGCAUAAUUGGAUUGUUUGCCAUAAUUAAAAAGCUGGCUUGCUUAAUUUGGUUUGGAUCAGAAGUGGGUUCGGACACCAGAAAUCGAUUGUUACCAGAAGGGUAUAUAUAGA